ACCUGCUGAGCACAUCACAUGUACAUUAUAAAUAUAGCUAACUCCCACCCUAGCUUGAGGAGCACAACACAUGGCUGUCACGUUACAAUAUAGUCCAUUUUUAACACAUAACACACACAUGAGAACAUAGUCAGGUGAAGGCCAGAACCAAGGCCCCAUCUCUCCUCCCGGCAAAUGGUAAACACUCAGACAAUGCACCGUUUCAUCCUCAGAACGGGAGGGCCACAAGCAGGAGACUCUGUGAGACUCUCCCCCGUCAGGAGGAACACAAGAAGAUAUACAUGCAUACACUAGAGCCUGGGAGGCAAGGUCAACCAAAGACACACAGAACCAUACACAUCUUAAACGCACACACCUCAUCGAGAGGAAGAUACAGCAUAAGAGUGUAUCACACAGGAACUCAUUCCUUCUUCUGCAGCAGACCUUCCACGGAGGCGAAGCUCUGGACGAACCAUCAGCGCUGAUUAGGGACUUAGACAUAUUCGAUUUCUCACGCUUUAUGACUCUGUAUAACCGUUGCCACUUUACUUAAUAAAUCCAAGGUCCUCGUGCCGAUAGACUUUAUUACCUCUCCGUCUCAUUUUAUCUGGUCCAGUAGCUAGACAGACCGUUUUUCCCAACAAUUUGGUGACCUCCGACGUGAAUUUUUUCUGAAUUGAACACGCAACUGGGAAACGAGAGACGGAGAGCGGCACGACCUCGGGACCCCGGAGCACCGGACCGGUUCCUGCAGUCUCACCUCGGGCCCAACAAAAGGAAGGAGCGGCGCCCGCUGGCACCAUCUGUCUACCACCCGCAAGGCCGACAACCCGCAUGACCGCACCCUGGCUACCGUUCAACGCGACCUCGCACGGCUGCACCAUGAGACCACCACUGACGCCACAGGAGGCCCGGACCAAUAGACGUUGCAUCAUCGGCAUGGUAGGAAUAACCGGGGCCAUGAUGGGUUUCUUCAUCCUGUGGGGAAUGGACUUCCAUACAGCCAUCCCGGGGAGGUCCUCCACCAUCACGCCCCCGUCUACGACGAUACAACCCUCAUCGGGACCCCCAACCCAGGGUCCACACCGCCGCAAGAGACAGACACCCCUGCAAGCCGCCAAGUCCCCCGGCGACCCCUGCCUCAACAAAUACGGUGGGCUAUCCCUAACCUAUACUUAUGGUUCCAGCGCCGCCUAUACCUUCCUCCUAUGCGACGUCGUUCCGUGCGUAGGCGGACCCGCAGCCUGGGAGAAGUACGAUGCAUACAUCUGCGAUGCUCCCAAGGGCUCCUUCACGGGAGUCCAGGGCAACGGGGUAAUGACGUCCCCGGACAACAGCCAGAGCUGGUGUCGAGGAUGGGGAAAUGUACUAUGGAUGACGGGGAGGCACCAGGGGUACUAUGUGACUAACCGCUCUCAGACUCUCCCCAGGCCGGUCGUAACGGCCGCACUACAGGCGAACGGCUUCCUCUCGGGAGGCAACGGCAGAAUCACCCUUACCCUCAGGAACAUUACCAGCAACCCGUACCAAGGCUGGGGCAAACCCACGCUAGGGUCGACCCGGGCGUGCGGGGUAAAUACGGACUCUGCCUAUCUCGUGUUCGGGGUAUCCCAGUCCGGCCCGGACACGACGGCGUUGUUGAAAAUAAAUUUCAGAAAGGCCCCCACCACACCCACCGCACCAGCCUCCAGGGCCAACGCGACAACUCCUAAACCCCCGGUCCGACCCAUAAUGACUCGCGACGGCCCGGUUACGAUUUUUGAUUUAGAUUCCGUGGGGCGGCUCCCCACCCACGAUUCCAUCGCGCUCGCGACCGGCUACGCAGACGAUAAUGCAUGGCUUAGCUGGAUUGCUGCUACUGUCCGAUUCCAGGGGCUGUCCGACUGCGUAGCCUGUGCGUCAGCUCGCCCCCAUCUAAUCUCGACCCCAGUACUGUUCGACUUUACCAGUGACCCCAUCGGUUCUCACUGCAUGUUAGCUCUGUUUGUUACCCCCAAACCGGCCGGCUGCGGCCUCCUUAGCUCUCUGUUUCCGCCCGGCCUUAACGACUCGAUUCCCCCGGUGUACUCCCCUGGGGAGUACACCCACUCUUGCAUCACCAGGGUCGGUGCGGUAAAUGUUGGGGCGGUACCACCGUCGUGGUGCCACUCCAUCACGAACGUUACGCUUUGGCCCAACAUGACCGAACCGGGCCUGGGACGCCAAGACCUAUUCUGGUCCUGUGACAAAUUCACCCUUAGACUUACACUCCCGGCACAAUGGUCCGGAACCUGCAUUAUAGUGCGCCUACUUAUGCCCGUCACGCUCUUUACCCGGGGUUCGACCGGGCCCGACCAAACUACCUCUCGACACCGCCGCGACACCGCUCUCACCGACCACUUUGACCUAACCAAGAACACCCCCACGUACAUGGAUAGCAUAGGCAUUCCCCGGGGCGUUCCAAACCAGUUUAAGUUAGCAGACCAGAUAGCCGCGGGUUUCGAGAACAUACCCCUUAUCUCUGCCAUAAUUCCAAUCACCCCCAACAAAAACGUAGAUCGCAUUAAUUACAUUCACUACAACGUCCAGCGCCUAUCCAACCUGACUCGCGACGCGGUAGAAGGCUUGGCCUCACAACUGGCCGCCACCUCUCUAAUGGCGUAUCAAAACCGUCUAGCCCUGGACAUGUUGUUGGCCGAGAAAGGGGGGGUCUGUUCGAUGUUUGGGGCUCAAUGCUGCACCUUCAUUCCCAACAACACGGCCCCUGACGGGUACCUGUAA